UUAGAGAGGUCCUGACAGGCAAAGAGGAGGAGUAAGUUUCUGUCUUCUCCACACCUCAUUUUUUUUCCCCUUCCUCCUCCAGUGCCUCAAAAAAUCACAUCAACCUGCUUAUCCAGCCACUCCCGGCCAGGAUAGUCCUGCUCUCUAUCACACAUUGCAUUUGAUCAGGAAGAUCCCAGGAGUUCAGGGGUUCCAACCCACCUGAUUUCACUCCAUUUCCAGAGGACCUGAAGGACUCCCUCCUCCCUCCGCUCUGCUCCUAAUCCAUGAGCAUCAUUCCCUUUCCAGAGACUUCAGCGGGCCCCGGCUGAGCCUGACGUCUCUCUCCUGCCUUCACCCACCAAGCCAAGGACUUUUAGCCUCUUUCCACCACUGCCAUGGGAUUCCAGCUACUCCUCUUUGGGCUGCCUGCCCUUGGGAUCUAUGCCCUGACAUCCCACUGCCUGAGAAAGAAGCCACAUCUGCUCCACAAGCCACACAGGUUUCCUGUUCGAUGCCGGCACGUCUCCCACCGGGGCGGUGCUGGAGAAGAGAUUGAGAACACUUUAGGAGCCUUUAGCCACGCACUGACCCAGAGGACAAACCUCUUGGAGAUUGACUGCCACAUGACAAGAGAUGGGGUUGUGGUUGUGUCCCAUGAUGACAACCUGGAACGCCAAACAGGGCAUGACAUCAAGAUCAGUGAGACGGACUAUAAGGAUCUACCACCCUAUAAGGAUUCUCUGGAGGUGACCUUUUCCCCAGGAUGCUACUCCCAUGGCAAAGACCACCGGAUUCCACGCUUGGAGGAGGUUUUCCAGAAAUUCCCUGGAGUACCGGUCAAUCUAGAAAUCAAAGAGGAUAGCGACGAACUCAUACGAAAGGUAGCAGAUCUUGUCCGAGAAUACGAUCGCUCCCACAUCACCAUCUGGGCCGCCUUUGAAGGGAAAGUACUGAAGAAAUGCUGUGCAGCUAACACAGAGAUGCCCUACAUCUUCUCCAUUAAACGUGGCAUCACAAUGCUUCUCCUGUACUACGUAGGGAUCCUGCCGUUUGUGCCGCUGAAAGAAACCUUCCUUGAGUUUCCAUUGCCCUCCAUUAUGAACAGGACAUAUUUUCCAGUAAAAAAGGGCUGGUUUGGAGCACUGGUGGCUAAAUUUGCCCACAGGAUGACCAUGCAGAGAAAGCUUUUCAAGCAUCUGGAAGACAGAGGAAUACAGGUUCUUCUUUGGGUCUUGAAUGAGGAUAAGUAUUUUGAGGAAGCCUUUAGCUAUGGAGUCUCCGGAGUCAUGACCGAUUAUCCCACCCUCCUCCGGAAGUAUCUAGACGCUCACCCACCCCUUUGUAGUGAAUGAUCCGCAAUGUGGGAGAAUAGCUCCUGACUGGAAAAGGGAGAGAGGUGUGUGAGGUCAGAAGAGAAGAAAAGACAUUUUGUUGGGGGUGGGGGUAAAAUACGAAACAAAUAAACCUUACUGUUACUAGUA